AUGUCCAAUAACUAUGGUCCAUGUGUCCAAUUACUAUAUGGUUUACCUAUUCCACUAGUGGAACAUUUUUAUGAGUUUCUUGCUUUCAGUCACGCAGAUGGCAGCAUCAAGUUUUGGGACGCCAGUGCCGGAACUCUGCAAGUCCUCUACAAACUGAAAACGGCCAAGGUGUUCGAAAAACCGAAAUCCCGGUCCCUAGACUCGGAAGAGGACCCCUUUGCUGUCGAAAUAAUCUCCCUGUGCCCGGAAUCCCGGAAACUGUGCAUAGCCGGCGCGUCGAGCCACGUCAUCCUUUUCACCUAUCAAAAGAAAGAAGUCACGGACGAAAUUACAGUACUCGAGGUGCCAAUUGUGUACGAAGUUCCGGACGAAUUAGAGCUGUCACCGGAUUGCCAAUUUUCCGGACCCGGAAGUGCCGGAUCGGGAAGUAAACUAGACAUGUUGGACUUUGACAAUAAAAAAGAUGGACCAACGUUAAGGGUCCGCCAAGGUCCCCAGAAAAAAGCCCCCGGAUUUCAAGCUCAGCUAGUUUGUCUGACAUCGUGGAAUGGUGGAGAACCUCCCAGUCAUAUUUCAUCGCUUACGAUUAACAGUUCUUACGGAUUAGACCAAAAUAAUGCAAUAAAAUACUUAUUUUUAAAAUAUUUUCUUCCCAGAAUGGCAUAUGGUAACGAAGCAGGCAUUGUGAUAAUAGAUAUAGAACAGAAAGUUUGCUUACUGAAUGUCGGCAGUCCGGACCUGUACGGGGCGCAGGACCCUUACUCGCGAGUGCCCCGCAGCCCGAAAAAAGGACAAUCGGACGCCAUUCCGAUCAACAUGGACAGGGAGGAGCGGCAACCGCGCAGCCCCAGCAUAGACCAGAUGGGAAGGUCCCCGGAAUCCCCCCUUAAUCCCCAAAGCCCAAUCCCCAUCGAGCAAGCGGCGGAAGCAACCGAAGAGGAUCGAAGCGUGCCAAUACCGGCUACUGCGAUGAAAAGACGUCAAUCGGCUUGGAAGGGUUUCAACCUGAAACGUCAGCUGUCGCGAGUCGACAUCAAAAUCAAGAACCCCUUGAAGGACAAAAGGAGCAACUCGAUAUUUUACCCAAAUGCGGACAAUCAGGACGACGAGAAAUCUUCUCCGGAAUCCGAGGAAAAUACCGUGAUCGACAAUCAACAAGUGACGAAAGAGGACCAACUAAAUCAAAAAGACAGUUUGGAUGACGUGGACCAAUACCAAUUUCCAGAAGAUGAAGACGUGCCUUUGCAGACAGGUUCUAUGGACGAAAGAAGGGUGAACUUUAUCACCCGACCUGACAAUCUCGAUUUACCCGAUGACGAAUGCCCAGUACGUCCACCGAGACGCAAAAACAAAUUCCCCGACAAAAGAGCGCAAAGGUUGCUGUCAGUCCCGAACAUCAAAUUCCCUAAAGGCGAGGCCCAAGUUGUGAAAGAUUUGAGGGACAAAGACGAAUUGGCUGUCAGUCCACAGCCCACUUUUACCGGCAAUCUGAGAAGGCGUUUCAUCCCGAAUGUCGAUGUUAAUAAUUUUCAUUUUGUCCCGUGUUUUGGCAUCACUAAGGCGCGCGAUAAAUCUUCGCCCUCUUCGAGCUCAUACAGGGCGUUUCACGAGGAGAAAAUAAGGCAACAGAUAAACGGCAUGUGCAGCCCGAUGUCGUCGACGACUGCGCAAGGCGGCGGCGGCUGUCCCACGCCGACUGCGGCACCAGGGGGCGGCUCAGGCGUCGGCGGUGGCGGCGGCGGCGGCGGACGCGUGCGACCCGACCCGCCACGUCGCUCCCGAUCGCAAGGUACCCGAAAACUGCACAAGUGCCUGUCCACGGCCAGCUACAGCGAGGACUGCUCGGCUAGCGCCGGCUCUCACUACUUAGAUAAGCCGGCAUCGCCUGCGCAGCGCCAGCAGCUGAUGGUCGCUCGGCAAUAUUGCAGUUUUGAUAAGCUGGACAGCUCGUUCUCCAGAUCAAGAUCCAGCUCGAUGAGUUCCUUGGAAAACAUCACCUCGGAAGCCAUUCAAUGCCUCGUCUUUGCAGACUCGUUUUCCAGAAAAUCAGAACCUUUAGUAUUGACGCCAACGCUCUGGGUGGGCACAAGUCUCGGUUCAGUUUUGACCAUUUACAUAACACCUCCAGAUCCGGACAGCAGGGUUACCAGAACAUUUAACUUCAGUAAUAGAGGGCAUGGUUUAUAUUUGGCGUCUCCUUCGGAACUUCAGAAGUUCACACUUUGCACGGAAUUUUGCUCAAAUCUUACCGAAAUGAUGGGGGAAUUAUUCUUGACCGCAGAAAUGCCCGAGGCACCCAAAGAAAGUUUCCUAAAAACUAUGUUUGGCGGGGGUGUUCGGUCCAUAGAUAGGGAGGAAUUAUCCAACAAAUCGGUGGCCAAGCACAUCCCCGGCACGCUGGGCGACCUGAACUCGCGCGCCACCAGCGCCAGCAGCGAGGUGAGCCGCGCGCACAAGCUCAUGCUGGAGCGAGGCGACAAACUCAACCUGCUGGAGGACAAGGCGGAGAAGAUGCGCACCGAGGCCGAGCAGUUCAGCUCGUCCGCGCACGAACUGAUGAUCCGACAGCGGGACAAAAAGUGGUACCAAAUAUAA